AUGAGGAUUCAUGCAGGAGAGAAAUCAUAUCGCUGUGCAGUGUGUCAAAAAGACUUUAACCAAAAAUCAAAUCUAAUAAAACACAUGAGGAUUCAUACAGGAGAGAAACCAUAUCACUGUUCAGAGUGUCAAAAAGACUUUUCAACAAAAUCACAUCUAAUAUCACACAUAAGGAUUCAUACAGGAGAGAAACCGUAUCACUGUUCAGAGUGUCAGAAAAACGUUUCAUCAAAAUCAUAUCUAAUAAGACAUAUGAGGAUUCAUACAGGAGAGAAACCAUAUCGCUGUUCAGAGUGUCAGAAAGACUUUUCCAAAAAAUCGCAUCUAAUAUCACACAUGAGGAUUCAUACAGGAGAGAAACCAUUUAACUGUUCAGUGUAUCAAAAAGAUUUUUCAACAAAAUCAACUCUAAUAUCACACAUGAACAUUCAUACAGGAGAGAAACAAUAUCACUGUACAGUGUGUCAAAAAGAUUUUUCGACAAAAUCACAUCUAAUAAGACACAUGAGGAUUCAUUCAAGAGAGGAACCAUAUCACUGUUCAGAGUGUAAAAAAAUCUUUUCAACAAAAGCAAGUCUAUUAAAGCACAUCAGGAUUCAUACAGCAUAA